ACCAGCUGUAACGGAAACACGUGAGCAAACAGGAAGUGCUCAGUGCGUAUUUUCCGCGGGCCUUUGACAACGACAACACAAAUGCAGCAGUGUACAGAAAUGGCGGGGAUGAAUGCAAUGGAGAAGAAGCUGGCAGAAUAUAAGUGUGACACCAAUGAAGCCAUUUGUUUGAAACUAGUUCGCUUCGCAGAGGAUGUGGAUGAUGAGAGCACUACUUUUCAUCCAGAGUAUAGCCACCAGCUUUAUGGUGAUGAUGAGGUGGCUUUUGGAUACAAAGGUCUUCAGAUCCAGCUGUACUACAGUGCUGGUAACCUGAGCACACUGUUCAAAGUGAAAUAUACUUCCAAAGUCACAGAGACAUUUGACUGCGUUGAGCCUGAUGAUGUUGAAGGGAAGAUCCGGGAGAUCAUCCCUGCUGGGUUCUGCUGCAAUACGGAUGACUUCAUCUCGUUGUUGGAGAAGGAGGCCAACUUCAAGCCCUUUGGCACCCUGCUUCACACAUACCAUGUUCACAAUGUAGAGGAGGGAGGGGACUUCACCUACCAGAUUCAUAAGGUGGACGUGUCGUGCCCAGGGUUCAAAGAGUACCACGAGCGCCUGCAGACCUUCCUGAUGUGGUUCAUCGAGACAGCCAGCUUCAUUGAUGUGGACGACGAUCGUUGGGACUUUUUUCUUGUAUUUGAGAAGUACAAUAAGGAUGGGGAGACUCUCUUUGCGACUGUUGGCUACAUGACAGUUUAUAAUUACUACGUGUAUCCAGACAAAACCCGACCACGUGUAAGCCAAAUGCUGGUCCUUCCGCCGUUCCAAGGAGAGGGUCAUGGAGCUCAGCUCCUGGAGGCCGUGCAUCGGUUCUACUGCAACCUGCCCAAAGUACAGGACAUUACAGCUGAAGACCCCUCGGAGAACUACGUGAAGCUGAGAGACUACGUUCUGGUCAAGCUCUGCCAAACACUGCCGUCGUUCUCCUCAGACAAGCUUUCCCUGGGCUUCAGUGACGACAUGGCCACGGAGGCCAGAGAGAAGUUAAAGAUAAACAAGAAACACGCAAGACGAGUGUAUGAAAUCCUGCGUCUGAGAAUGACAGACAUGAGCGAUGAGACAAAAGCAAGAGAUUACCGUCUGGAAGUUAAAAGGAGGCUGUUUGCACCCACCAAGAAGAACCAGCGGGAGAUGACCAAGAUGAUGAAGUGUUUGCGGCCGGAGGAGCUGGCGUCCCACAUCAGUCAGAUGGACACCGCGCUGCAGCACGAGGAGCUGGAGAAGAGCUACCAGGAGGUGUUGGCCGAGUACAGGAGAGUCAUCGAGAGGCUAGCUCAGGCCUGAUCCCCCUGGGGCCUGAUGUUGACGACCCCCCCACCCCCACCCCACCCACAGAAUCCCCCCUGCAACACAACCCCACCCUCUCCUCCCUCCUCUCCCUGCUGGUCCGAGAUCUACAGGAGAGGAUGGGGGCUGCACCCUGCGCUCGGCUGGGGGAGCCUCACUCUGUCCCGUGUGUCUUCACAGUCUGUGUGAGAUGUAGCGGUUGGGUAAUCAUUCACAGGCGACACAAACACCAUCCAUACGUUUGGCCUGGGGAGGAAGUGCCUCCUUUUCUUAGAGAAUAAGGGAAAGCGAUUUUUUUGUUUUGUUUUGUUUGUUGUUGUUUUGUUUGUUUUUUUAUCUUCAAUAUCUGUCGUCAAGCUUUUUCCUGAAGACAUGUUGGUUUUGAAGCACUUCAUAUGGAAAUAAAUGAACUGUUUUUUGUACAUUGAU